AUGAACAACGAAUACGGUGAAAUUGGAGCAAGAACAACCCGUUGGGACAACCCUGACGAACGGAUAUUUCUCAUCGAUGUUUUAGGCUUUGAUGACAAUGCUGGGAAUCUGAUCCCCAAGGAAAUCGCAAUCUUAGAGAUGGGGCACUCUCAUCAAGAACAAUGGCUUGUCGAAUCACCUGGUUCUAUAUAUCAUCACGACCUGGCAGUUAGAAGGCGUACAAUUGCCCAGACCGCAUUCCACGGACUUAUAUGGGAAUUACCUGGCCGUGGCAUCGAAGAAACAUAUCGUCGAAUACAUCACAUCGUUCGACUGUCCACGCAUACCUUCGGUUUUAGUACAGAAGCUGCCAAUUUCGUUUCUAAUGUAACUGGUUACAGAGUUCCGGAUUUAACUGACUACCUCCCAAUCAUGGGUCAACUACCUCGAGUCGACGACUAUUGUCUUAUCCAUGGUGUGGAACUACGAAGAAUAUAUAGUUGCGCCCUAAAUAAUCUACAUCGAGCAAAAACUUGGUUACUGCGCCACAAUACCAAAACAGUAGAGGAUCAUUAUGAUGUACCCCGGCGAGUUUAUUCUGAUCACAUCUAUGUAGAUAUGAGACCACGAAGAGUCUCGACCAUCUUAGAAGAGGAAGAGAAUUUAAUACUAGAGGAAGAAGAGGACGAAGAAGAAGACAACCCCAGGAACGAGUAUAUCGCAUCAUCUGCAACUAAUCCCCCUGUAUAUGCAUCGACAUCAAAUUCAGUUACUCUACCAACGCCUAAGAAAAAACCAUUCAGCAAACUCCGUCGCACCAAAAGCUUGAAAGGAUGGAUGACACCACUAGUAACCAUGCUAUUCCUAGCACCAGCAUUCGGAUUAUUGGGAUACGAUUGUGGAGCCCCAAGUUUAAACAUCACUACCUUAUCCCUCUUGGACGUAGAAGACUGUCACAUUGCUGAACCCGUCUUAAAUACCACUGAAUUAAAAAUACAGCUGAUUCAAAUCAAGGAAUUUGUUUACACCCAGGUCAUUCAAUGCAAAGUCAACGUCAAAAGAACCGUUACGUAUUGUGGAGCUUAUAGCCACAAUUCUGUAGUUAAGGGUUCGGAAAAUACAUACAUUCUACCAAUAAGUGCCGAAGACUGUGCUAAUAUGCAUCGAACAGGCUAUUACGUAGUGGGGCUUGGUACUCACUUAAGCGGGUUAUUGUCGAACACCUCCUCGACUCACAGUGUCACUUUCGCUGGAAAAAUCGAAAUAGAUGGAGAAUGCAAGGGAACUACCUACGCCGACCCCUAUGGAACUUGGAAUGACGUAGUAGUUCAAGGCUAUGUAGAAAUUCAAUUGCGAGAUUACUACACCAAAGUCGACUUAGAAAGAAAUUUAAUCUCUCUAAAAUCAGGAAUAGCAUGCUCCCUAGCAGAUGGCCAUUGCUCCGAUAUCGAAGCCGGACACACCUUCUGGUCAUCAUUACCAACCGACUGCAACAGCGGUAGAUUCGAACAGUUAUACGCAGGUCCAGCCAUGAAACUAGUGGACGAAGGAAAUAAUGUCACCCGACACAAGGAAAUCAUCUACACGGUGGUAAAUAAAGACGUUACAUUCGCUUUCACUAGGAAGGGUCGUGAGGACAUAUGCGGUUAUCGGUUGAUCCGCACGGAACACCCUAAACUUUUUAUCGUAGAAUAUGCUGAUUCCGGAAUGAUACCCAUAACCAAAGGUACCCUGACCCCCGGAAACACUGACAUCAUGGCAUAUGUUAAUUCAAAGUUUGUCUACGUGGAGAGGCACAUUCGAACCCAAGUAAACACCUUAUACCUUGAUUUAUUAAAACAAAAGUGCGACCUAGAAGUACAAGUUCUGAAAAAUUCUCUCCUACAUGCUACACAAACUCCAGACGAGUUCGCUUUCCAUUUAAUGAAGGGACCAGGAUACAUGGCAGUUGUAGCCGGAGAAGUGAUCCAUUUAAUUAAAUGUAUACCAGUAGACGUCCGGGUUAGGUCAACUACUGAGUGUUAUCAGCAAUUACCCGUGACCAAGGACAAUGACACCGAGUUAUUCUUAAUGCCGCGGACACACAUAUUAACCAAUGUUGGUACGCAAAUUAACUGCAAUCCAAUUAUACCCACCACGUUCAACCUUGGAGGGUCAUGGUUCACUUUUUCUCCCAGAUUUGCACCUGUGGCUACCCCAGCUAGUUUGAAACCAUCUACAGAAGCAACUUGGAGAUACACCAAUCCUGGAUCUCUAGCAACUAGUGGCAUAUACAGUUACGAGGAUCUACACAACCUACGUUCCAGUAUCAUGUUUCCCGCCGAAAGAGCAAUGGUAUUAAAUACCUUGGCCAGAACGAUAACCGGUCAACCAUCUCUCCAUCAGGGAGCUCAUUUUAUGAAUUUAUUAGAUGAAGAUACUCUACGCCAAAUCGCUGAUAACGCAUGGGACCGAAUGUGGUCAUCUUUCAUGACUUUCGGUACCGCAAGUGCCGGAAUUAUUGGAUUAUUGUUAAUAUUUCGUUUUAUAAAGUUAGCAGUUGACACUGUUAUAAAUGGCUACGCCUUGCAUUCUAUCUAUGGGUGGUCAAUACACUUAGUGGGUGCAGUCUGGAGCUCAAUCACCCACCUAUUAGUUCAUCUGGGAAAUAAAAACCCCGCUCCAACAGAAGAAAGGGAAUUAAAAAACGUCGCCCCAACAACUACUACUGACGCAAGUGCACCUAACCACCAUAAUGAUCAUGCUUCCGAAGAAUCAGAAGUAGUGAUAACUGCUCCCCCGAACUCCUUCUACUCCUAUCUCCAAUGCGCCGCUAAUGAGAUUCGUACUUAAUUGUUUUAGGAACCGCUCAACGCACUACGACGACCAUGGCAAACCAAAGGACUAGUUCGGAAGAAGAAGUAGAGGGGUAU